AUGGCAACCUUUUCCAUUGCUGCCGCUGCGUCCCAGAGUGAGGCUCUUGCUUGCCGCAUCAUCGCGACCAGGGCCGAGGUGGACGAAACCAUCAAGGCAUGGGAUGAUGCCAGACCACAAAGAGCCCACGUGGCCCUCCUGGGCGAGGAGAUUCACACCUUGUCCGCCAUGGCCGACAGUCUAACAGACGCCGUACGGAAGGCUCAGGUGGUGGCGCCCGCCGUCCAGCCGGCCUUGAUGGGUGCCCUCGACUCGGCCGAGCGGGCUUGGGCCGUAAUGGAUAAGCAGCUGCGUCGGCUGAGAGAAACGGACGGCGACGUUGCCAUGGAUGGUGGCGUCGUGGAGGAUUACGAAAUGAUGCUGCAGGCUGACAUGGUACUUUAUGAACUGUUUCGGGAGCUGUUGCAAAUACAUGAUGUGGCGCGUCAGGCCACCAUAUUAAAUGGACCGGACGCACAACGGAUCCUCUCCGGGUUCAACGAGGCCUGUGAGGUUGUUCUUGCACGACGGUCAGUCUUGAUGGAGAAACCCACGUCGCCGUCGCUGCACAGCCAAAGCACCACAUCGCUGGUCUCGAGCCCGUCGACACAAUCCACCCCGACCAGCCCAGACCCUCCGACCCCGACAGCCAUCGCCGGUCCGGCCGUUUGUCCGUCAAAGGGUAAAGGCGGCGGCGGCUUCUUUGGCGGCCUCUCGCAGUCGUUCCAGGCCAUGACGGCCAACUUUCGCUACAAGCCAGAGCCGCUCGUGUCAGCGCUCUGCCAAUCGGCCACUCGUGGCGACGUGCAGCAGGUCAAGGGGUUGAUCGAAGGCGGCGCCAACGUCGACGGCCGCAACGAGGAUCGUAAGACGGCCCUGAUCUGCGCCAUCGCCGCCGGGCAGGUCACCACCGCCCAGUGGCUCAUCGACCACGGCGGGGCGAGCGUCAGGGCACGGGAUGGGGGAGGCACCAAGGCAAAGCCGCCUCUUUACCAUGCGGUGCGCACCGGCAAUGCCGAGCUCGUCACGCUCUUGCUCCACCGUGGCGCCGAGGUCAACGCCAAGAGCUCAAUGGGCCAGUCGCAUCUGGUGGAGGUCGUGCAGGGCGGCAACGUGGACAUGAUGCAUCUGCUGCUGAGCCACGGCGGCGACCCCAACGCACGCGACGUCACCGGCCGUGCGCUGCUGGUGCAUGCCGUCAACGCGGGCAACCUCGAGAUGGCGAGACAGCUGCUGGUGCACGGCGGCGACGCCAACAUUCGCGACUACACGGGCCAGGCCGUGCUCAACCUCGCCGCCACCAGCAUCCCCAUGCGCAUGGAACACGUCACGUUGCUCCUGGACCACGGCGCCGAUGCAAACGUGCGCGACCUCACGGGCCAGCCGCUGCUGGUCCACGCGGUGUCUUCGGGCAAGAAGGACCUCGCCCGCAUGCUGCUCGCCAAAGGCGCCGACGCCAACGUCCGAGACCUCUACGGCCGCACCGUGCUGCAGAUACUGGUCAAGCAGCGCGACCUCGACCUGAUCCGCGUCCUGCUCGAGCACGGAGUCUCGCCCAACCAGCUCGUCGACACCACCGGCUCGUCCGCCGGCGAGACCCUGCUGCUGCACGCCAUCGGAUCCGGAGACGACGACCUCGCCGAGCUGCUGAUCAAGCACGGCGCCGACCCCAACGCCAGGAGCAAGCAGGGCCACACCCCACUCAUGCAGGCGCUGCAGCGCGGGCCGGCCAAGGACUCGCUCGUCGCGCUGCUGGUCGAGGCGGGGGCCAGCCCGAACACGGAGGGGCUGUGCUCGCCGCUCGUGUUUGCCGCCGCCAGUGGGAGGGGCGACGUGGUGCAGCUGUUGAAGUCGUACGGCGCGGCUGCCGAGGUUGAGGUGCCGCCUGCGAGGGGUGGUGGCGGCCCGAGCCCGAGCCCUCGGCCGGCCAACGAUGCUGCUGCCACCACGUCGACCGUCCCUGAAGAUCCCGACGUGCCGCCGCCGGACUACGAGAGUAUACACGUGAGGAAGUCGGGGCCUGGGGUGGGGUGA